AUGUCUCAACUCGAAAUACUUUAUUUUACUGCAAAAAAUUCGAAUUGUUCAUUUGGCGAGCUUGUUGAAAUUGUUGAUACGCUUUUUACUUAUUCAUCAUUGUUAUCACUCAUAUUGAAACAAUUCACAUUAAAUGUUGAUGAACAUUCAAGUUCAUGGCUUAUUAUUGAUCAUUUAGUCGAUCAAAUUGGAAAGAUCUUAGAUCAUUUUUCAGCACUUAUUCAUUUCACUUUAAAUUAUGAACAUGCUGCAAUAUCUCAAGAUAGUAUGUAUAGUUUAUCGAAAUUAGCUCCAGAAUGGUACAUCAGAUCGUUAUUCCUACGGCCAGAUUUGAUUGCUUCAUUAGAGUAUAGACAUAAGCCACAUUCGCUUGAUAUUUGGCUGUAA